AUGGCUCAGGAGGUGCCGCCAGUCGUGGUUGAUGAUUCUGAACCGAGACUGGCUGCAUGGCGAACGAGGGAGGCGCCCAAAAAUGACGCCGGCCAGAUAUACUGUGAUCACCCAGAUUGCCACGAUCAUAUCUUCAAGCGACGCAGUGAGUGGACCAAACACAUGGAUAAACAUGACCGCCCAUACAAGUGCACGAACCCAGGUUGCAACCAACGAUUUACCCUGGCAGCCUGCAUGCGCCGUCAUCUAUGGACGAUUCAUCAAGCGAACAGCAAAUGGAGGUGGAUGUGUCCUUAUUCAGCCUGUGAUCGCAGCUUUAGCAGAAAGGCAGAUCUCAAAAUCCAUAUCCACCGCUUUCAUACAAAACCAGAUAGCAUCGAAUCUCUCCGCGCUGAAAUUACUCGGCUUCAGCGGGAAGCUAUGCAAAGGGAUUCAAGGCUGGAUAAGAUGGAAAUGAAGCUGAAACAGCAACAGCAGCAACAGCAGCAACAGCGGCAACAAUACCAAUCUCAGCUACUCCCCUACUACCAGCAAGCCCCACACUCACUACGCUAUCCGAGAGCCCUGAUGUGCAAUUGCUCUAGUCGAAAGACAGAUGAUGAACUCUAUCAGUUUUUUAUCACAAGCGGCACCAGUAUAUUCAACUGGGAUCAUGAGGAGUCCCAAGUGCAAGAUAUACGAUCCCUCUAUUGGCAAUUUCCCAUCAUUAGAGAUGAAGUCAAUGCUUUGAUAGCACUACAUGUCCAAUGUUGCUGGGUGUCCUCACUGGCAAGCGUCGACCGAGCCAUUACUAAAACUAGAGACUUUCUUACCUCCCCAUCCGCAAACAGCAACCCCAAAGUGUCAGUUUUCACUAUGAUCCUGCUGGCCCAAAUAUCUAUGAGAGCCGGAUAUCCUUGGACUCACCAUCUUCCUCAGAUCCUAUCAUUAUUAUUGGCAUUUCCGGUCAAUGUGUCUGAUGCAGUGGAAACAGACAUCUGCUCCCGACUUAAUCUACUUGAAAUUCUAGGCGGCUUAGACAUGGACGUGUGGAUUGUGGGGCGGCGAUCAGAGGCCGUUCAUAUCUGGGCUACUUAUUGUUCCGGAAGGGAAGGGAUAGAAAAAACCACCGGCCUGCCGCGGCCGCUUCUGGAUCUGAUAGCUCGUUUGUCUAGGAAUGAGGAUGUAGCAGUUGAACUCCUGGAGCUCUUGUUGAAAUUACCCCCCGAGAGUGAUGACUAUGCCAGUAAUGUUCAUCGAUGCUUUAUCCUCACAGCGCUGCUCCAGCUACAUAGCCGUGUCCGCCCUAUGCCUGACGUAGACCUGCUGAUCAAAAAUCUGUUGGACAUGAUGCGUUGUCUUCACGCUGCAACUGACGCACGCUACAAUCAACGAGUUCUGAUAUGGCCAGCAUAUGUGGUCGGCUGCUACGUGAGAGAAGUCGAAGAUAGGAGCCUUGUCGAAAAUACUCUACUACAAGUCAGAAUCCCCGAUCGCCCAUCUGGACCUUUAGCCCCUGAGGAAUCCGUACUGGUGAUGUCACAGCAAUUGUGGGAUGAGCGGUUGUCAAUUGGUGAAAAUGAUGCAUUUCAGAAAAUGCAGGCUCAGUUUCCUGAUUUAGGCCUAUGGUAG